AUGUCUACAAUGAUACAACAUUCAGUUUACGAAGGUUCUAUUACGGGCAUUCCCAUUUCUAGAGGAGGGAUUCGGAUUAAUCAUCUCCUCUUCGCCGAUGAUAGUCUCCUAUUUUGUCGGGCAAAUUUAAGAGAAUGGGAUCAUAUACAUCGACUUCUUGGGCAGUAUGAGGCAGCUUCAGGGCAGCAACUAAAUCGUGCGAAAACGUCUUUAUUUUUCAGUCGUAAUACUCAAAUGGAUGAUAGGAUGUUAAUCCUAAAUGGUACGGGGCUCAACUCAACUGCAAAUUUUGAGAAAUACCUUGGUUUACAGGCUCUAAUUGGAAGAUCUAGGAUCUCCACUUUCAAUGGCAUAAAGGGUAGGAUUUGGAAUCGGAUUAACGGAUGGAAGGAGAAGUUUCUUUCCCAUGCCGGGAAGGAAGUUCUCCUAAAAUCGGUCAUUCAAGCAAUCCCCACAUAUACAAUGAGUGUUUUUAGGUUUCCAAAGACAUUAUGUAAGGAGAUAAAUGCGAUGAUGGGUUGGUUUUGGUGGGGACACAAGGAAAAUCUAUCUAAAAUUCCUUGGAUGUCUUGGAAGGGAAUGGGUAAGAAGAAAUUGGAAGGAGGGCUGGGGUAUAGAGAUUUGGUCAGUUUCAAUACAGCCCUUCUUGCUAAGCAGGGGUGGUGUUUAUUGAAAUAUCCUCACACACUGGCAGCAAGGGUGUUUAAGGAGAAGUAUUUUUCUGAAGGUGAUUUUCUGAGUUCUUCAUUGGGGGUUAAUCCAUCUUAUGCAUGGCGAAGCAUUUGGGGUUCCAAACAACUUCUCAGAGAUGGUAUUAUGUGGAGGAUUGGUGAUGGGUUGAAUGUUAAAAUUAUGGGGGAUAAAUGGAUACCAAACACUUUUUCUCACAAAAUUCAAAUUCCAAUUUCAGGGAUUAGUUCAGAGGCUAAAGUCAGUGAUUUAAUUGACAUUACUGUGAAUUGGUGGAAUUUACCUGUAAUUGAGCAAUUAUUCCCAGCUGAUAUUGUUGAACAAAUAUGCAGCAUAGCCAUUUCUCCACGAUUUUUGCAAGACCGGGUGAUCUAG